AUGACCCGCGAACCAGAGGGUCAGUUACGAGGUGUUGACGAGAAGACGCAACCUUGGACCAUUCAUCCCCAAGCCCCAAAGGCUCAACGCGUCGGCUCUGCGAUUUCCAUCGUCUCUCGCUGGUUCCUCUCGGCCGCGAAAGGAGAUUCGAGGGCGAUAAGGCUUGUUAGCUCCGUUCGCUCGGUUCGCUGCGUUUCGCUCCGGCGCUGCGGCGGCGCCCCUCCUUCUCCCUGGUUCGGAGAACGGGCGGCGCUCCGAGAAAGAGUGAGGACCGGCGCAACACCACCGGAAGAAGUCGUCGAGAGAUGGGAAUUUCGAGAAAAAGUAGUUGGGUGCCAGCGCCGUGCCGUUUCCGUUCCUCGGCGCGCCGGUGGGCUGUUCACGGCAUUUUAG